UUUGUCUUCAAUCUGAAUCGCUGAAAGAUCUUUUAUGUAUGAAUUUUGAUCAAUGAAAAAAAAAGGGUUAGUCUUCAAUCUGAAUCGCUAAAAGAUCUUCUAUGUAUGAAUUUUUCUACACAUAAGCAGAUUUUUUGGAUUCUGCUUGCAUUUUCAGUUUGUUUUCUGAGAUAACUGGAAACAGAAAGCUCGGAAGAUUUCAUUAUUGCUCAAUGAAAUUUGGUAAGGAGUUUGUGGCACAAAUGGUGCCCGAAUGGCACGAGGCUUACAUGGACUACAAUUUCCUCAAAACUGUCUUAAAAGAUAUCACGCGCUACAAAACAAGGCUAAAACCUUCUCUCAAAGUCAGCAAUCCUCCCCUGGGAGAGAUCAGAAAGGCCAUCUCUUUCAGAGCCUUCAGCGGUCUCGUGAGACGAGGUAGCAGCCAUAUUUAUUCCCCUAACAAGGAAGAAGAAAUCAUACUGAGUAAGGAACAGGGCGCAAAGGAUUCGUAUGAAACCACGUUUUUAAUGGCUGCGGAGGAAGGGGGUGAAUAUGAUGUGGUUUUCUUUAAGAGAUUAGACGAGGAGCUUAACAAAGUGAAUUCUUUUUAUCGUAGCAGAGUUGAAGAGCUUGUCAAGGAAGCGACUGAGCUGGAUAAACAAAUGUCAUCUCUGCUUGCAUUCAGAGCCAUUGUGCGCAAUAAACCUGGUCAAUAUUUUAAGACCGCUGAAAUUGAGGGAAAAGCACCUCCAGCCCUUGGAAAAUAUUCUGGCCCCUCUCAUAUGGAAGAGAUAAAUGAAGUUCUGGUCAACGCCGGCGGCAUAGUCGAGACUGAAAGCAUGCACACCGGAGCAGAAGCAAAAGCAGAUAACGAAAUUGAAAUGACCGGUCGCGGGCUCGAACCUCCCGCACCCAAAGCAGCUCCGGCUGAGAGCCAGAUCCGACACAAGCUGAGAAGUAACAAUAAACCACAUCCCAUUGAGAUAAUGAAAAAUGUAAAAAUAAGGAUUACACCAGACACCCCGCGGUCUACCAUACGAAACAUCCUCAACAAUCCGGAGAAUCAGACACUGAGCAGAAGGGAUCUCAGGAGAGGCAACGAAAUGGUCCGCACCGCUUGCAUUGAAUUUUAUGAGAAAUUGACCCUCGUGAAAAGUUACAGUUCGCUCAACUUGUUGGCCUUCUCAAAAAUAAUGAAAAAAUACGACAAGGUGAGUCCACAUGCAUACUUUGUCCUCUGUCACAUUCAUGAAGUUAUGAGAUUCUUUUUAUAGAAUUCCUUUCUUUGAACUUCUUUUGUGCAUUAAUGUAUGAAAUAAUGGGGCAUAGCGAUUGAAUGUUUCUCCUCCGAUCCACUUAAUCGUUUAAAGUCAUGGAGGACCAACUAUUGUUUUAUAGAC